AUGAAUUUUUUAAGUUGUUUUCUUGCAGUAGUUUUAGUAGGAGCCGCCGUUGCUUACGACUUUAAGGACUCUUACUACAAUGAAUUAUUGCAGGCUGAUUUAGAAGAUAAUCUUGAUAUUGAAGGUGCUUUAUACAAUCAUCGUGUUACUAGAGAAACCGAAAAUAAAGAUGAAGAGAAGAAAUGUCGUGGAAGAGAUAGAUACCACAAAAGCUCUUGUUGUUCUGAAGCUGAUGACAUCAAAGCACAUUCCGAGCACAUGAAAGAACUGAAAAAACAGUGUUUCAAUGAAGUUCGUGCUGCAGCCAAACAGAGCAGAGCUUUAGCCGGUGAUGAACAACAACAACCCAUGAUGGACAUUUUCUCUUGCGAGAGAAUGAAUAAAACAAAAUCCGAGAUUGUGUGCGUCAUGCAGUGCGUUGCUAAGAAACAAAACUUGAUCGACGAUAAUGGUGACCUGAAAUUGGCCGAUCUUACUAAAUAUGUAAAAGAGGAGUUACUGAUUGGCGCUGAAUGGCAGAAAGCCAUGGCAGAUAAAACUAUUGCCAAGUGUGCUGAAGAGGCCAGAGAAGAGGCCAGCAAACCACGAACCAACCCAAAUGCUUGCAACCCAAGUGCCAUCAAAUUCGGACACUGCGUAUGGCGCGAAGUUCAAUUUGCCUGUCCAGCCGACAAGAUCCAAGAUAUGCAAAAGUGCCAAAAGUUACGCGAACGACUUGUGAAAAAAGACCAAACCUUAUUCCUGGCUGAACAACAAGCUGUCGAUGCUCAAUAA